UGCCAGAGCGAUAUGUCUAUCAAGCCAGAUGCCAUUGAUGAUCUUUAGGACGGCAUCUGGUCGAAAUGGAGGAAAAAAUGAACCAGGGAAAUCUUGUUUGAGACAACUAUAGUAUUGUAUGUGAUAGUCUGAAUAUUCACCAUGGUUUACAAAACCGUCCCUAUACCGGCCAUAGUUUUUAUGGCAGUCAUCGGCGGAUGUUGUCUUCUUCUUUUGAUUUUAUACCAGUGUCUAAAAGCUGGCUUGUUCUUUAAAACUGAACCUCCAGAACGACCGAACGAGAAAGAUUACGGUGAAUUAGGAGGGGAGCCGUACGGUACUGAAACAGAUGAUGAUUAUUUGGGUCGGUCGUCCAAAGGAACAAGUCGAAGGAGUAGCUUUAACACAAGUGGCAGCAAGUCGGAUGGCGAGUUGGCUUUAGGCGAAAGCGCCUCAGUUUGUGGUUAUGGGAGAUAUUCAGAUUCGGAUUACAGUCCCGGCGCCCAGCGCGCUAUUUCAGCUUAUGGAGAGGCAGUGGAUGGUCGAGACGAACUUAUUUCUAACGCUGGUCGUAUUCAAGUUUCUGCUAGUUAUGCCCCAACAUCUGAAAAACUUACUGUCAAUAUCAUAAGAGCCGAAGAUGUUCCCACGAAACAGCGAGGGGGUGCAUCUACCGUACAAGUGCAUAUAAUUUUGCUUCCUGCUAAAAAGCAGCGCUUCAAAACCAAAGUGAAGCCGGCAACCAGUCCUAAUUUUCAAGAGACCUUCACAUUUACUCGUGUGCAAGAGAGUGAGGUCCAUGAUUGCUGUUUAAGAGUAAGACUUUAUGCACACGAGCGCAUUGGGAAAGACAAACUGUUAGGAGAAACGAAUAUUGUUUUACCGGAGUUUGAUUUGGAUGGCGUUGGAGCUACACUAUGGCGUACUUUAACACCCGGCAAUGCGAUUGGGAGUGCAGAUUCUAUGUACGAUUUGUCUGACACGGGUAGUGUACGUAGUUUUGGUUCAUACGGAUCAGCGUCGUCCCUAGCAAUGGCACAAAGUGGUGCUCCUGAACUCCUAGUCUCGCUUUGUUACCAGUCUCUAACUGGUAGACUUACUGUAGAAGUACUCAAAGCCAGUAAUUUAAGAAAUCUAUCUAUGCAGAGAGCUCCAGAUACAUAUGUCAAAGUGACGCUAGUCGCGCCAUCAGGGAAAGAAGCGGCUAAAAGCAAAACAACCAUUCGAAAAAGCAUGGCUGAUCCCGAGUAUAACGAGAGCUUUGUGUACGAGAUCUCAGAGAAUGAUCUCCCAGAGACUACUCUUAUGUUCUCCGUUAUUGCUAUAUCCAAGGCUAGAAAGAAAAAGGAAGUAAUUGGAUGGUUUGCRUUAGGUAGUCGUCCCAGCGGAGAAGAAGAAAGUAGACAAUGGAACGAUAUGAUUCAACAAAAAGAGCAAAAAAUUAGUCAGUGGCAUACUCUUGCAGACGCUUAAACUGUUUACUACGUCCUUCUAAUAACCCUACACUGAACUGUACUUAUAUAUGGAAUCGAAUCGUCUUAUGUUUAUCACUUAAGAAAAGAAUCCUGGGAUACGAGCACGUGAUUGAGCGCGCGAAAUCGAUAAGAGCACGCGCGCGUCAUGCGAAAAAGCGCGCCAAAAAUUGAUAUGGCGCAAUAUCUUUUCUUCAAUGAUGUACAAAAGACCUUUCUACGUCAUAACUGAUAGCGGAUCGCCACAAAUGUCUUUGAAUACAUACGAGCUUAAGUGAUUUUAACCAUUCUUUUUAUAUAAAAUUAAAUUUAAAAAUAAUCUUAUAAGCUAAACUAAGAAUUUGAUUAGUGGUAAACGAAUUGACUUCGCCUUGGCUCCAAAAUGGUUCGAGUUGACUCCAACCAUCUUCAUAUUAUUAUUGCCUACUUAUACAAUGGUAUUGAUGAGCACGGGAAAACGAAUAAAAUGUACUAAAUGUACUUUGCUUAUACUGACAAGUUUGAAUGUUGSGUGUUCAAAUAAAUCGUCACUUCCUCUAAAUAAACGGGGAGUACAAAAGAUGGUAAUCGUUUUCUUCACAUAAGUCAGAGCGUUUCAUUACAAAUUCAUAGCUAGCCAGUUUCUUUUGCAGAGGAAAAACUAUAUUAAAUCAAAUGGGUUUGCUAUAAGGAUAACUUAAGCAUUGUAAUAUUAUUACGAUAAUAUUAAUUUAUAUAUUUUUUAUCGGUUAUUUUGUAUAUACUAAAUAUUGGGGAUAAGCAAAUGACUAGUUGGUGUGAUAGCUACAUAGAGCGCAUUAGUGGACUAUUAGACUUCAGAAGGAGAUACUGAUUAGGGCUUAAAAAGCUUUUUGACAACUUUUCAUAAACCUAAGCAGUUUAGGUAACAUAAAACUCAUCCAAAAAGCUGUACAUCAAAUGUUAAACUCCAAUAAAAUACAAUAAAACACUUUGAAAUUUUUGA